AUGCUCAAGUUAUUGGUGUUGCUGUUUCUGGUAGUUUUCACCGUUGCAUACCCCGGCUUAUUAUAUCCAGGCUAUGGUUACGGCUAUGGCGGUUACGGUGGCUAUGAUGGUUACGGUGGUUAUGGUGGCUACGGUCUUGGUUAUGGUGGUUACGGUGGUUACCAUCAUGCAUGGGGUGGUUAUCCAGCUUAUGGCCAUCAUACAACAAGCUACGGCUACCCAGGCUAUAAUGUGCAUCAUUCGGUAUCUUAUGGUCCCUCGCAUUACGGCUACGGAGGCUAUUCGGCUUAUCCUCAUGCUCCGAUGCCCUUGUGA